AUGAACAAGGAGGUCUCUGAACUCGUUCGGAGCUUGACAAACAUGUCUCACUCGGCUUCCAGCAGUUUGUUCCCAGUGCAACAAAAUUCACCACUCGACCCCAACGGUUCCCUAUUCAGCGCCAGACUUUGGGCAAAAUCCUUCUUCGACCUUCGCACCAGCACCUCUGGAGGCAACCCACCACGGACCACGGGCAUUUCAUGGACCAAUCUCAACGCUUACGGCUUUGGGUCUGCCACCGGUUUCCAGAAGAGUGUUGGCAAUGUGUUCCUCGACGGGGUGAACGUAUUCAACAAGCUUUUUUGCAAGGAGCAGCAGCGCAUUGACAUACUCCGUGACUUGGAUGGCGUGGUUCAUAGUGGCGAAAUGUUCGCUGUUCUCGGACCGCCCGGGUCGGGAUGCUCAACGCUUCUACGGACCAUUGCUGGCGACACGUAUGGAUUUCACGUCGACGCCAACAUCAACUAUUCGGGCAUUCCCCCGAAGAAGAUGCGCACGGCAUUCCGGGGGGAGGCCAUAUACACCGCCGAGGUGGAUGAUCACUUUCCGCACCUGACCGUCGGGGAUACUCUCUACUUUGCUGCUCGAGCCCGGUGCCCCAAGAAUAUCCCGGAAGAUAUCUCUCGAGUCGAGUAUGCUGAGCAUCUUCGCGACGUGAUCAUGGCAAUGUUCGGUAUUUCUCACACCAAGAACACCCGAGUAGGAGACCAGUACAUCCGAGGAGUUAGCGGUGGUGAAAGGAAACGUGUGACCAUUGCGGAGGCGGCGUUGAGUUAUUCUCCUCUCCAAUGUUGGGAUAACAGUACUAGAGGUCUUGACUCUGCAAAUGCAAUUGAGUUCUGCCGCGCUCUGAGGACACAGGCCGAUAUCAUGGGCAGCACGUCGUGUGUGGCCUUGUAUCAAGCACCACAAGCCGCUUAUGAACUUUUUCACAAAGUGAUCGUUCUGUACGAAGGCAGACAGAUAUUCUUUGGCAAGACCUCUGAAGCCAAAUCCUACUUUGAAGAACUGGGCUUCGUUUGCCCUGAGCAACAAACUACUGCCGACUUCCUCACCUCAAUGACCAACGCAUCCGAGCGAAUUAUCAAGCCGGGCUGGGAAAGUCGGACUCCAAGGAGUUCUGAGGAGUUUGCUCAAGCUUGGAAAAACAGUCAGCACCGCGCUCGCCUGAUGAUCGAAAUCGAAGAUUACAACCGGCGCCACCCGUUCGGCGGAGACCACUACCAGAAGUUCCUCGAGUCUCGCAAGAUCGACCAAUCCGAUUCGCAGCGUGAGAAGUCGCCGUUCACUCUGUCAUACCUCGAGCAGGCAGCUCUCACCAUGUGGCGCUCUUGGACGCUCCUCAAGUCCGACCCAAGUGUCACUGUCGCCAUGCUGAUUCUCAAUAUCUUCGAGGGAUUGAUUCUCAGCAGUGUCCUUUACAACGUCCCAGCAGACACGACCGGAUUUUUCGGGCGGUGCAUCUUGCUCUUCAUGGUUGUUCUUUUGAAUGCCUUCGGCAGCAUCCUCGAAAUUAUGACGCUCUACGCGAAACGUAGAGUUGUUGAAAAACACUCCCGAUAUGCCCUCUAUCAUCCCAGCGCCGAAGCUCUAUCAGCCAUGGUGGUGGAUUUGCCCUAUAAGAUCGUUAACGCCACCAUUGUCAAUAUGGCCUUAUACUUCAUGGGCAAUCUGCGACGCGAGCCUGGUCCCUUCUUCUUUUUUUACCUUUUCUCCAUCGUCACAGUGAUAAUGAUGUCGAUGAUGUUUCGGUUCAUCGGAUCCGUCACGAAGUCGAUGUCUCAGGCUAUGGGACCGGCGUCAAUUAUCCUCCUCAUCAUUGUCUUAUAUUCUGGGUUCGCGAUUCCCCCAAAAUACAUGCUGGGCUGGAUUGGAUGGACCCGAUGGCUGAAUCCGAUCUACUAUGCGAUAGAGAGCGUCUUUCUCAACGAGUUCAGCGGGCGUCCGUUUCCAUGUGCGAACUUCAUUCCUUCAGGGCCCGGCUAUGAAUUCAUUUCAGGCAUGCAGCGCGCAUGCUCAACAGCAGGUUCGGUUCCGGGUCAAGAUUUCGUCGACGGCUCUGCAUUCGUAGAGGCUUCGUUCGGCUUCGUCAACUCUCAUAAAUGGCGGAACCUGGGAAUUCUGGCGGCAUUCCUGAUAUUUUUCCUCGCUUUGCAUUUGGUGGCCACAGAGUACGUCGCUUCAGAACGAUCUAAAGGUGAGGUGCUCGUCUUCACUCGCAGGGCUUUGGCAAAGCUUUCGAAGAGGAUGACUACAGAUAUCGAAAUUGGCGAAGUCGCUAAAUCGUCACUCAACAGCCCUGGUGAGUCGGAAAAGGUGACCGGUAUGGAGGACAAGACAUCUGUUUUCCAUUGGCAGAAUAUCUGUUACGAUAUAAAGAUCAAGGGGGAACAGCGACGAAUCUUGGACCACGUAGAUGGCUGGAUUAAGCCUGGCACUUUGACUGCUUUAAUGGGCGUCUCUGGAGCGGGCAAGACAACACUCCUUGAUGUCCUUGCUAGCCGGGUUACCAUGGGGGUGAUCAGUGGCUCCAUGCUGGUCGAUGGAAAGCUCAGAGAUCGAUCUUUCCAGCGCAAGACCGGUUAUGUUCAGCAGCAAGAUCUCCACCUUCACACUUCAACUGUGCGAGAAGCACUCAAUUUCAGUGCUCUUCUGCGCCAACCGGCCCGCUACUCCCGCCAGGAAAAGCUCGACUAUGUGGACACGGUUAUCACACUUCUCGACAUGGAAGACUACGCAGACGCUGUCAUCGGCGUCCCUGGAGAGGGCCUCAAUGUAGAGCAGCGCAAGAGGCUCACGAUCGCUGUUGAACUCGCGGCUCGUCCAGAUUUGCUCCUUUUUCUCGACGAGCCUACUUCUGGAUUAGACAGUCAAACCUCGUGGUCGAUCUCCAGCCUGAUGAAAAAGCUGACAGGGAGCGGACAAGCCGUCUUAUGCACCAUUCACCAGCCUUCUGCUGUAUUGUUUCAACGAUUUGAUCGGCUUCUUCUAUUAGCCAGCGGGGGUCGAACGGUCUAUUUUGGCGAGAUUGGCAAAAACUCAAAGGUCUUAGUCGACUAUUUCGUCCGCCAUGGCGCCCCUGACUGCCUGCCCGGUACCAACCCUGCCGAGUAUAUGUUAGAAGUGAUCGGAGCCGCUCCGGGGGCUCACACUGAUAUCGACUGGCCCGCUUUGUGGCGUACGAAUCCCGAGUACCAGGAAGUCCAACACGAGCUGGUCAGGUUGAGCAAUUUUGAAAAAAAGACUGAGCCAUCACCAAAAGACGCCUUGGAUUUUGAGGAGUUUGCCGCUCCAUUCAGUGUCCAGUUCUUGGAAGUAACAAAUCGGGUUCUUGGGCAAUAUUGGCGCAGUCCUUCGUACAUAUAUUCCAAAGCCUUGUUAUCCAUCGGAACAGUGCUGCUCAUCGGUCUUUCUUUCAUCAACGCGGAAAAUACUUCCCGCGGUCUUCAAAAUCAAAUGUUCGGAGUUUUGAUGGUCCUUAUGGUUUUCCCACAAAUCGUCAAUCAGACCAUGCCCACGUUCAUAUCUCAGCGAACAUUAUAUGAGGCUCGGGAGCGGCCGUCGAAAGCCUAUUCCUGGCAGGCGUUUUUCGUGGCGAACAUUCUUGUUGAGACCCUUUGGAAUUCGCUUAUGGCAGUUUUCUGCUUCGUGUGCUGGUACUUCCCAAUUGGCCUAUACCGAAAUGCUGCCUAUACAGAUUCGGUUCACUCACGUGCCAUCACUCUCUGUCUUCUUGUCUGGAUGUUCCUCGUCUUCAGCAGCACCUUCACCUAUUUGGUGAUAGCUGGGCUUGAUAGUGCCGAACUGGGAGGCGUCAUUGUUACCCUCCUCUUCAUCAUGAUGUACGCUUUUUGCGGGAUUAUCGCCCCGCCCAACGAACUCCCAGGCUUCUGGAUCUUCAUGUACCGGGUAAAUCCGCUCACAUAUAUCGUCGAUGGAUUCUUGGGCACUGCGUUAGCAAAUGCCCCCAUGCGCUGCGCCUCGGAGGAGAUUAUACAUUUUAUGCCACCCAUCGGACGCACAUGCGGCGAGUACCUGACGCAGUACAUCGACAAUGCGGGCGGUUCUAUUCUCAAUCCCAAUGCUGGGAACAACACCGAAUGUCAGUACUGCCCUGUUACCGACACGAAUAGCUUCCUCACGGCGCUCGGCGUAAGCUUCGAUAACAGGUGGAUGGAUUUCGGCCUGAUGUGGGUUUUCUGUGUCUUCAACAUCGUUGCUGCUCUCGGACUCUACUGGCUAGUUCGAGUUCCCAAAAACAAGAAGGUCAAGAAGGAAUAA